CCUACAAUAAGAGCAAUGACAAUACUGUUAGAUCAACACAUGAUUUUCAUUCUUCUCUUUUGUCUCUGGCAUAUAAGUAUUGCACAAGCAGCAUCAAGAGCAGAAGCCCCGCCCAUAGCAAUGCCUAAUUGCACAACGCUAUGCGGAGGUGUGAGCAUCCCUUACCCUUUUGGCAUUGGACCAAGCACCAAUUGUUUCUUAAACGAGUGGUUUCAAAUAGACUGCAACAAGUCUACUGGGCACAAGCCGUUCUUGCGGCGCGCCCAACUGGAGGUGCUUGACAUUUCUAUCAAUGGCACGCUUCGCGUUAACAGCCCUGUCACUUUUCUGUGCAACACCAAGAAGGGAAAUUCAAGUCACCAACUGCUGGCAAAUUUGACAGGAAGCUUCUUUGUGUUCUCUCAGAGGCACAACUUAUUCACUGCAGUGAGUUGCGGCUUCCUUGCCGUUGUGACAAGCUCAAAUGACGAUGAUAUGGUUGCUGUUACCGACAAAAUCAUCGGUGGGUGCAGGUCCAUUUGUGAUAGCUUUCAAGAGGGCUUCGAAGGAAAUCCCUGCCGUUGUGACAAGCUCAAAUGACAGCCCUGUCGUUUUACUGCUACUCCAAACGCAUCGGCUAUAGAUUGUACGGACUACCAUGCACCAAACAAUAUGUAUGAAAAAAAUAUUAACUAUGCGUUCCUGGUUGACAGGGAAUGGUUUGACAACACUUCAUCAAGAGCCGUCCAGGCGAUGGAGAAGGUCCCUGUGGUGCUAGAAUGGGCCUUACAGUUUGAUAAUAAUGUAACCGAUCUAUUGUUCACUAACUUCAUUCAUGGUGAAAGAAAUCGUUCCAGGCGGCAUGAUCCAACACCUUAUUGCGAGGUCGAUGAAACUUCCACUUAUCAUUUUUCACCACGGCAUAUGGCUGCAUCGUUUUACUGCUACUGCCCGGAAGGCUUCGAAGGAAAUCCCUAUCUUCGACAAUCUUGCCAUGACAUUGAUGAAUGCUCGUACAACCCUACUAUAUGCUUGGCCGGAAGCAAGUGUGUGAACGACUAUGGGGGGUACCAUUGCUCCGUGAAUAAAAUGCGUGCUCUCAAGUGGGCCCUUAAAGGUCUUGGCGCGGGUCUUGGACUAAUAUUGCUACUUAUUGGUCUGUGGCUGGGAUACAGACUCAUAAAGAAAAGGAAUGACAUUAAAAAUAAGAAGAAGUUUUUCAAACGAAAUGGCGGUUUGUUGUUAGAACAACAAUUAUCGUCUGGUGAAGUUAACGUUGAGAGAAUCAAGUUGUUCAAAUCCACAGAGUUAGAGAAAUCUACUGACAAUUUUAAUGUCAAUAGAAUUCUAGGUCAAGGAGGACAAGGUACUGUUUACAAAGGAAUGUUGACGGAUGGUAGGAUCGUUGCUGUAAAAAAGUCUAAAGUAGUUGAUGAAGGCCAACUUUCAGAAUUCAUCAAUGAAGUUGUGAUCCUUUCACAAAUCAACCACAGGAAUGUGGUUAAAAUACUGGGUUGUUGCUUAGAGACUGAAGUUCCUCUUUUGGUUUACGAAUUCAUACCCAAUGGAACUCUUUAUCAGUAUAUCCAAGGACAGAUUGAAGAGUUUCAACUUACAUGGCAAAUGCGCUUACGCAUUGCCUCGGAAAUUUCAGGUGCUCUUUCGUACUUACACUCUGCUGCUUCCUUUCCCAUAUAUCAUAGAGAUAUUAAGUCUACCAACAUACUCUUGGAUGAAAAGUACAGAGCAAAAGUUGCUGACUUUGGAACUUCAAGAUCAAUUGUCAUAGGCCAAACUCACCUGACCACAGUUAUACAUGGAACAUUUGGUUAUUUAGACCCGGAAUACUUUCGGUCAAGCCAAUUUACUGAGAAAAGUGAUGUUUAUAGCUUCGGAGUGGUCCUUGUUGAGCUCUUGACUGGAGAAAAACACAUCUCUUUGGUAACAAGCUCAGCGAAAGAAAAAGAAUACAGAAGUCUUGCUGCACAUUUCAUUACAUUGAUGGAGGAAGAUCGUCUAUUAGACGUUGUUGAUGCUCUGGUUUUGAAGGAGGGCUCUGAAAUAGAGAUCAGGGUAGUUGCUAACCUUGCAAGAAGAUGUUUGAAUUUGAAUGGAAGGAAUCGACCUACAAUGAGAGAGGUCACAGCGGAGUUGGAGGCACUUCAAAUGGCAGAAAAAUCCGCUAAUACUCAACAAAAUUAUGAAGGUGUGGAAUUUGUCGAACAUAAAUCUAUUGAGCAAUGGGGUGCUGUUUCAAGCUCAACAGGAACAGGAUGGUCAGCUUGGGAUCGUGAUGGUGAUGAUCCAACUUCGUCAUUACUCGAACUUCCACAAUUAUCUGUGAAAACAUGGUGAACAAACUAUUGUUGUAAUGUGUGUUUCUGUUAAUGUUGUAGGCAAUCACAUGUUCUUUCGGAAUAUAAUGUUCUGUAAUGUAUGCUACUGUAAGUUUCGAACCCCACAGAAAUAAACAAGAAGGAAAACUCAAAUUCGA